GAGGGAGAAGCGAGGCGCGGGCAGCGGAGGACGCUCCCCUGCCCUUCUUCCCCUUUAAACGUGGGAAACGGGCCGAACCCCCCGAGUUCGUGCUCGCGGGCGGGGCCAUUGCAGCCUGGCGCCGCCGUCCUGUUUUCCUUUUCCUGCCCCUUUUUGGGUCACUUUGGGUCAGGGCUGUGAGAGGUGAAGGGCCCCAGUCCCUCAGGCUGGUGUCUGCCCUCAGCCCUGUGCUCUGGAGCCCACCUCGGGGAUAGGCCGUCGUGAGGUGUCAUCCCCCUGCAAAUGAGGUGCCAGCAGUGUCAGAAAGCGAACGCUGUAUCUGACUCAGGGAAGGAGAAUAAUUCUGGCAGAACCACCUUGCUGAAGCAGAGACCGACUGUGCUGCCUGAUCUUGAUAAUGACACGCCGCGGAUUAUGCUCAAGAGAAUCAUCCGGACCCAACCGCAAGUUUCGCCUCUAGCACCUCAGGCGUCUGAACAUGAAGAAGCACAAGCAGCUCCAUCGGAACUCCCGUCUAAGAGGUUUUCCAGCACGGUGGAAAUGCAGCUGCCAGACCUGGUUCCUGAGGACACAUCUAUUGCCACAUUCCGUAUGACUAAGAAGAGAAAGAAACUCAGCAUUUCUGAGUUUGAGAGAGCAGCAGACAAACGACUUCCUCAGAACCAAGCUCAGUCAACGUUGGACAGCACUGCUUUGGCUCGAUCUCUACGCAUGUCUCUUAGUUCCUUGAUCCCACCAGACACUGUUGAAAAGAGAGGCUUGCUCCGGAGGCCAAAAAAUCGCAAAGCUAUUGACAUGCAAGCUUUUGAAGGCGGAGUGGAACAGAACAUGCUGAAGAGAAAAGCACAGAACUAUCUUGUGGACUCCCGAACUGCAUCUGGGAUUCGAACAAGCACGCUCACAAGUGAUGCAGAAAUUGUGCUGAGUAACACGGAGCUCUUUGUUCAGCCUCAGUUUGAUGAACAGAGCCACAAUAAGCUUUCGGCUCUCGAACCACAGCUAUCGGAUUCAAAAACUUCAGCACAGAGAAGCAAGAUUUCUGAUGCAGCUCAAGAGGAAGCAAAGCUGAUGGGUCUGGAAACCAGUGUGGGUGCAAGUGAGGGAAGGAUCCAAAGACAUUCUGAGGACUUAAUCCUUGAUCAUGAGCGUGUUGACAGAAUGACUCUUGUAUCUCCAGAAACACCUGCAAACCAGCAAGAAGAUAAGCGAGAUCAUUCCCAGAAGAGUAACCCAAUGGAGCAGCUUUCUCUUGCAGAAGAGGUGGUGGUUGGCACUGUUAAUAGAUGGAGCUCCUCUUUGCCAUCCAGAAGUUCAAGUAGAAGUUUGGGAUCCCCAGUCACUCUAAAGCCUAAGAGGUCUUUCAGCAUGUCUUUGAGAGAAGUUGUCUCCCAUAUAAUUGAAGACCUAGAUGUAAGCGAUGUGGAAGAAGAGAUGGCUAAUACAGUGCACAAAGUGGAAGAGGAAGAGAUUUUCAGAGAGGCUGCAGAGCAUCAUGCAAGCAGUGGAUAUUCUGAAUAUUUGGAGGAGAAAGUGACCAAAAAAGUGGAAUCGCCGAUAACUAUGGCACAGGAGGCCAGAGUCGAAACAGAAGUGGCCUCUUCAGAAGAAGAGGGAAUGGAAGAAGGCAGUGUUGAACACCAAGGCCCUCCUGAAGCUGAAAGUGAGAUUGCCAAAGGUGUUGGAGCUGGAAGUCUGGGCAGGCGUUCUCAUGCUUCUUCCUCCUCUGAAAAAUCUGGGAUGAAAUCAUUAAAGGAAGUUGUUGAACAAGCAGAUGAACUAGAGGACCAGGCUAUCAGGGUAGAAUUGGAUGGUAUGGAAGAAGAGCCUGCUGAGGAUGAAGCUGAAGAGCCUGCUGAGGAUGAAGCUGAAGAGCCUGCUGAGGAUGAAGCUGAAGAGCCUGAGAGUGAAGAGGUUUCCAUGAAGACACCCACAUUUGUCCGUGCUGCAGCCUACAAGCCACUGCUGUCAACUCCACGUCCUGCGAAACCUACUGCUCCCAAGUCUCCCCUGCAGCCGCUGCGGGCUAAGCCAGUUCCAAAGGGCUUGAGAGCACCACAGAGGAAAACACGUGAGCCUGAAGUAGCAAGUAGUUUGAUAAAGAGCAUAUUUAGCCAUUACGUGAAAAUGUCAGUGUCCAGAGAUGCAUUUAAAAUUGUCGAAAAAUGCUCUGAGAGGUACUUCAAGCAGCUAAGCAACGAUCUGGAAGCUUACAGCCACCACGCAGGGAGGAAGACAGUGGAGAUGGCUGACCUGGAAGUCCUCAUGAGAAGGCAAGGGCUGGUGACAGACAAGAUGCCACUGCACGUGCUGAUAGAGCGGUACCUCCCGCUGGAGUACAGGAAGCUCCUGAUUCCGGUUGCUGUGAGUGGAAAUAAAGUGAUCCCCUGAAAAUGAGCUGGCUCCUGCGGGUGGGAAGGGGGCUGGCUUGCUGAGGCUGGCUGCAGGUCGCUCGUGGAACUGCUCUGCCACCAGUGGUUUCCCACCAGUAAUGAGCAGGGCAAUAAAGAGUUGAUGUUCUCUUGAGCUGAUGGUGCAGGUUGUGCUGGGGCUGUUGUGCCAGCCCACUGGAUCCCCCCAGCUAUUAUUACAAGUAAUUUGACUAUUCCUGAAUGUUUUAUGUUACCUUUGAAUACU